ACAUAGGCAGUGUGCAUUCUGUGGUUGCCUGGAUACAGUAAACAUAAGAGCAGUUGACUUCAAGUGGGUGGUGAGAGUCAACCUGUACCUGACAGAAAAAUGGAGCGUAAACAGCAACAAAAAAAGAAGGUGUCCUUUAAAUGUAUGCAGAAGCCAACACAGGAGGAUCUUUCCAAUUUGCUGAAGAAACUUCGGGAAAUGGUGGAUAAGGUUGGAAAUGGACCCUCUAGUCCGAGAAUCAGAACACGACCUGCAAGAUGUGAAGGAAUUAUUGCCUCUGCAUCUACUUCUUCACCUUCUGAUCCAAGAGGAGUGUUAAAUGUAAGAACCAACUUUGACCAAAAUGAAGUUCCUGUCUUCAAUACCUAUGAAGAAUUUCAUAAGACAGUUAUUCAGUCAUUUGAAAACAUUUCAAUUAUACUGAACAUAGAUGGAAAAGUUGUUUUCAUAUCGCAGAAUGUGUUACCUCUUCUUGGCCAUCGACCAGAGGAUAUUAUGGGGAAGACUUUAUUAAACAUUCUUCUUGAUGAGGAAAAAGAAGAAAUAUCUCAGAAGAUCGUUCUUAAACUUCCUUUGGCACAGUCAGUUGGCAACCUUAUUGAGUUUUGCUGCUAUGUAAGAAGAGGAAAUGCCGGCCGGGAUGCUCUGGAUACAUAUGGUCACGGGGACAUGUACGAAGGCAGGGACACAUAUGAGUAUGUAAAAUUCAUCUUGUACCUGCAGGAUUCUUAUGAUGAGUCAUUUGUGUUUUUUGGAAACUAUGGUCCAAAUAGAAGAAAUAUUUGGUCAUCAACUCCAAGGCUGUUAUGGGAGCAACAGUACUAUCUUGUGGGAACCAUUUCAGUUCUUCGUACAAAGGCUGAAUCAAAACAUCCUGUUGAAAUUCAAUCCAAUGUUAUAGUUAUUGAAUCGGAUGAUGACACUGAUAUACAGCACUGCAGGUUUCGAAAACGACGCAAGGGGAAUGGAAAUCAAAGAAAUUGCAAGGCUGAAAAUUUGAAUGCGGAAGAUCCUCAAUCAGUCAGUGAAGUUGAGAUUAUAGAUAUUCAACUGUCCAGUGAACGAACACCGCUUGGAUUAUUUCAGAUCAGGUCACCGUCUCAAUCAAGUACAUGCACAAUAAUAAGUGUAGAUACAAACAGGAGCCCGAGCACAAGCGUUUCAUCCACAGAAUAUGCAGCAGCAGCAUUUUCACCAGCUUCUUCAUCUGACCAGGGCUCUACCAUAGAUCCAAAGUCCUCGCUAGAACCUGUGAAUAUGGAAUUUGAAGUAGGUUCAGAAUUUCUUCUGAAUGACAGCCAGGAAGAACAGGCCUCCCCAGAACAAGGAGAAUGCAAUGAUAAGGAUGUAAAGAAACCCUUGAAAGAGGCAACCGGCUCUAAUCCUAAAGAGCAUGUUAUUGAUGUUCAUGACUCUUCUUCAGAUGAAGAUUACUGUGUAAUAGUAAAAGAAAUUAAGGCUAAGAAAGGCCCUAAAAUCCAAAAACCCAUCGUGGACCAAGGACAAGAACAUCAAAAGAUAGUUGAGACAGCCCCAAAGUGUCCAAGCACAGUAGUACUGCCUGUGCGCCCAAAGGCAGUGGUGGAACCUAGGGUGCGCAGAGAUUUACCAGCCUGUGUUGUAACUGAGCCAAGAAGACCAUAUCACUUCCAGGGUCCACUUUUGGGGGAAAGUAUUGACCAACCCCGUGGCCCAAGAAUGAGGAGGACACAGGUCUAUGAUUUGAGUAUAAGUAGAUCCUUCCGUGAGGAACCACCUUCUUACCAAGAAAUUGAAGAAGAGGAAAGGGGACGAGAACCAAGUGAAUAUGAGUUGGCUCAACGUAUUGAGAUGCUUCGCAAUUUACCAUGCGAACGGCCGAUGGCACAGCAACAGAUGGGGCAAAGACAAGAAAAUCGGGUGUAUCGGCCACGAGAUCAGGUGGUAACCGUUACUAAUAACCUGAGACGAUUUCCCAUUAAUUCCUUUGGAAAUGAUAACUCUGCACAUCCACAAAGUGAGACACGGAGGUAA